CGAAGAAAAAAAAGAAGCCAUAGAAGCAUUAGCAGCCAAUCCUUCAGAUGAAAACUUUGAAAUCUAGAGUCAAAAGUAUAAUACCACAGUGAGAAAUUUAAAGAGAUGGUUUAAUCAAGGAUAUGUUAGGAAACCUGGGUGUGGAAGAAAACGAGUUAACCCACAAGCAGUAACUGAACUUGAACAAUGGAUCUUAACUGAAACCAAGAAAGGAGGAAAGAAAAUUACCAGAGAUCAAAUCAAAUCCAAAGCCUUAGAUAUCUUCAAUAGUGAUACAUUCAAAGCAUCCAAAAUGUGGAUGGACAAAUUUCUUUCAGAAUAUGAUAUCAAAUUCAAAGUUUAAUCAAUUUUGCAGGAACAAGGAUGCUUAUCUAAAUUAUAGGAAGUCAAAUUCAAAUAGGAGUAAAAAUCAAGAUAAGAGAAGGAAUCUGAAAGCUUGGAGACUAAAAGAUUAAUCAAAAAGGAAUCAUAAGAACAAAUUAAAACUGAUUUAAAUGUUAAAUAGGGCUUUGAAGAGAAAGUAUAUGUGGAAGAUUUCUUCUUAGAUUAAGAUCCAGCGAAUUUCUUUUCUGAUUCAUAUGAAAUUUAAAGUAGACAAAACUUGGUUGAAUUAUAAUAAUUUUCAGAAUAAUUUGUUCCAAAAUUAGAAUUUCUAGGAGAUAGCUAUUAAGAGAUUUUUACAGGAUAUAAUUACUCCAUAUUAUAUAAAUUUUAAUAAUAUUUACUCAUACUAAAUAACCUUUAGGUCAUAAUAUGUGUUAAAAGAAUUUAUUAUAAGUCUAUUGAAUUUUAUAUGUUGA